CCCGUUCCUAUUAUCCAUCCACCGGAAGCGGCAGGUUGGCGGAGGACCAACAUGGAGGCGGUAAUCCGUCCCUUCCGUCAUUGAGGCUUUAUUUUCUUUCUCCGGCGCGCUUAGGCGGCGACGCGAUGGCUUUGACCCAAGAGUCCGUGUUAUCCUUCUUACUGGAGCGGGGAGGCCGAGUGAGCAACGCCGAGCUGCUCAGCCACUUCGGCGGCCUCAUCCUCGGCGGCGCCCCGGCGGCCAGGCAGCACAAGAGGGAGCUUUUCAAGACGUUGGUGAACAGCGUGGCGGUGGUCCGGCAGACGGACGGCGUGAAGUUCGUGGCCGUGAAGAAACGCUACCAGGACUUCGUGGUCCAGGAGGAAGACGCUCCAACACUUUCUCCGGACAUGGACAACAACAACAACAAGAAGAAGAAGAAUAAGAAGUACACGUCACGCGUGAAGACACACAAGACUUUGCAAAGAAGCGCCUCCAACACCACCGUCCAAGUCCUGAACAUCCCUGGAAAUCAAGUAGGUGCCGUCAUUGCUGUCACUUCCCCACCUAAAGGCUCCACACCUCCAGAGAAAAGAUCUCACCCACUUUGCGAUGAAAAUGAAGCCCCACCAAAUGGGGCGAAGAUGGAGAAAGAUGAGCCCAAUAAAGGCCUGAGGCAGGGGGACGGCGCUGACUGCUGUGGGUCGGUGCCCCUGGAACCCCUGGCCCACGAGUGGCUGGUAAAGUGCGCCGCCGGGCUGUGGGGGCACGUCCACGCCAUGCUCCUGCAGGACCCCCGCCUGGCCCAGAAGAAGGACUUCAUGUCGGGCUACACGGCGCUGCACUGGGCCGCCAAGGACGGCCACGGCGACAUGAUCCGCAAGCUGGUGGAGAUCCCCGAGAGGAGAGGCGCCCACGUGGACGUCAACACCAAAGCCCACGGGGGCUACACGCCUCUGCACAUCGCCGCCAUACACGGCCGCAGCCAGGUGGCGCUGCUGCUGGUGCGGCGCUACGGCGCCAGCGUGGACGAGCGGGACAACGACGGCAAGAAGGCCCACCACUACCUGGGGGAAGGUGCUCCGGAGGAGCUGAGGACCCUGCUGGGAGGCGUGCAGCCAUCCAAACACUGGGAGGAGACGGAUGAGGAGGACAACAAGGAGCAGGCUAAAGGUCUUAACACCAUUAGUAAACUCUUCCAGCCUCACAGGAAGCAAAAACAUGCAACAAAGUUCACUCAUGAGUAGGCUUGCACAAUUCCAAGAAUACCGUAUUUCCUUGGAAUUGCCGCCGGGGCGUUAAUUAAUUAAAACAUCUUCUCACUCCGGCGCUUACCAAAGGCAUGCGGUAAAAGUAAGCAUGCGCUAAUUAUUUUAAAACCUCUUCUCACUCCGCCACUUACCAAAGUAUGCAGUAAAAAUUUGAGUGUGAUGUAAGCUUGGACUUUAAAUCCUACUGAAUAGCUCUUAAUCUUCUUCCCUUUAUCCAUCCAUCCAUUUACUACCCUUUUGGGGUCGCGGGGGGCGCUGGCGCCUAUCUCAGCUACAAUCGGGCGGAAGGCGGGGUACACCCUGGACAAGUCGCCCCUCAUUGCAGGGCCAACACAGAUAGACAGACAACAUUCACACACUAGGGACCAUUUAGUGUUGCCAAUCAACCUAUCCCCAGGUGCAUGUCUUUGGAGGUGGGAGGGGCCUAUCCCCAGGUGCAUGUCUUUGGAGGUGGGAGGGGCCUAUCCCCAGGUGCAUGUCUUUGGAGAUGGGAGGAAGCCGAGUACCCGGAGGGAACCCACGCAUUCACGGGGAGAACAUGCAAACUCCACACAGAAAGAUCCCGAGCCUGGAUUUGAACCCAGGACUACUCAGGACCUUCGUAUUGUGAGGCAGACGCACUAACCCCUCUGCCACCCCUCUUCCCUUGUGAUUUCAAAUGAUCAGUAUUGAAAUCAGCCUCCUCCAUUUUGAAAAUGAUGACAGGAGGGAGUGUCACUGGUGAUGUCACCAGUUGGACCGGGCAGUAAUACUAAGCAUGUGCUAAUUAUUCUGGGAAGUGAGUUUGACCCAGGCAGUAAUUCAAGGCAGGCACAUACUAUAUGUUCUGCGGCAAUUCAAGGAAAUACGGUAUUCAAAGUUGGAAACUUUCCAUGGGAAUAAACAUUGAAUGCAACAUGCUGGAUCUAGCAGCAUAAUUAUUAGUUAUCCAUCCAUCCAUUUUCUACCGCUUAUUCCCUUUGGGGUCGCGAGGGGUGCUGGUGCCUAUCUCAGCUACAAUCGGGCAGAAGGCGAAGUACACCCUGGACAAGUUGCCACUUCAUCGCAGGGAUUAUUAUAAACAACCUGAUUUAAUGGAAAUUGAA